AUGCAACAGACUGCAUCUCUCUUCGUGGUAAAGUUGGACCGUCACACUUCCUCACUGACCGUUGCCAAAGAGGAGCAAAAGGACAGUCUCUCCUUCCCCCUAGAUUCAUCACUCAAACCAGCUCUCUGCCCUCUUUCUUCCGUUAUCACUGCUUCAGAUACGGCUUCCUUAAUAACCGAAUCUCCAGAUAGUCAGCCGACUUCAGGUUACCAAAGGUCUGCAGUCAUUACAGAGCUACAAGCUACCUUCACUCCAGAAAUGGCCUACAUCACUUACAUCCCUCUUUGUCGUCUUGCAGCGGUGGAACUCAAAUGUGGUCGUAUAGGGAAUAAUUUCUCUGCUUUUCUUUCAUCACUAACCCCCAAUGCUGGUUUUGAGUCUCCUUUUAAACUCUACGUAGGCGGUAGUCACAUCGAAUCUAGUCUCUACAACAUCAAUCACAUUCACAGCCUUGUGAGGCAACAUGAGGCAUCUUUGCAUGGAAGUGACAAUGGUACUACUGGUCCAACUGGUCGCGUCAAAGUCACUAUCAAUACGGAGUAUGAGGCCAAGUUGGUGGCCAGUUCUUCCGUGAGCAAGUCAGCAGUCACGCACCUCCAUGGUGAAUGGGUGGAGUACUUCCGAGCCAAGGUUGAAACCUGCCCUUCGCUGCCAGUGUCGCCUUUGGUGUGCGGACCCCCUCGGCUCCUGAAAUUUAUUGGAAAGCAUUUGGUCACAUUUUCAGGCGCGUUGCUUUUCUUACCCGUUGCAAUGCGAACUACCUGCACAACUUUUGUACCAGGUCACAACGGAGCAGUGCGGAGCAUAACGCCAUUGGUGAACGAAAACAGUUUCGUCACUACAAGCAAUGAUCACAAUGUGCUUCUUUACUCUCUAACAUCGGCGCGAGAAUCGGCUGCAGUCGCGUUGGUUGCAUCCUAUGCUUCACGCCGCACUGUCUCCGAUAGCGGCGCGUUCUCGGAUCGGCUUCUGGGGGUUCAGUCCCCGCCAUCAGUGGUAGCAUCGCCGGCGACGCAACUAACACCGGUUGCUCCAAGUCUCGUUUUCACCGGUCACCGACGUGCCGUUUUCGCCUCAGCUUACCUCCACUUUGAGCGCCUUGUCGCAUCUCUCGACCCUUCACUUCUACUCCUUUGGGAUCCGGUUACCGGACAAAAGGUUUUUUUCGUUAUUGGUUAA